AAAGCAAUUGAAAAAAUGAAGACAUUAGAGGAACAUCUUGUUCUUAAGUAAAUGUUGCAGCCAAAGCAGAGGGAACUUACCACCCUGUUGCACUGGCUGGAUGCCCUAGGACCUCUGCACAAUACCCAGCCCUCCUUUGCUUCCAAGAGAUCUGCCUUUUAUUCAGCCAUCCACUCUCUCAACAAAUGCUCAUUAUACAUCCAAAGUGAGCCUAGAAGCAGGCUGGAAACACCCAGGCAGUUAAAAAAAAAAAAGCCUCCAGCCCCUGUCAUCCUGAGCCUACAAGUUAGUGGGGAAAAUACACACUAAAUAAAUGAUUCUUUCAGGACAGCUGUAGUUUGUGUUAUGAAGGAUGUGCCAAGAAGGCACAGGAGGGUCCUGCUGUGGUCUAGCACUGAAGGUGUAUAUGAGGGAGGAGUCCUUGGAAAGGUUCCCUGAGGAAGUGACAUAUAAGCUGGGACUUCAAAGAUGAACAAGAGUUUGCUGUGUGAUGCCUGGGAGUGGGAGGAGGAAAUGGUCUAGGCAGACAGGCGUUUUGUUCCAAGGUCUUGCGACCACAAGGUGGUUGGCUCACUAGGGGAACAGAAAGAGGGGCACUGCAGCUGACUUCCUCCUAGAAGAGCCACCCUAAAGGACUUGGUCAGGCAGGGUGCUGGUAUUUGGAGAGAAACCCAGGUCCAAACUGUGUUCUCAGUUGCAACCUUUCUCUCUUCCCUUUCAGACGCUCCUCGCUUGCUGGCAGGACUGCCAGGCCCAGACCCCUUCCCCCAGGCCCGGUGGGCUCAGUUCUCACUCAGAUUUCCAGAGGCUGCGAACAGGGCUCACUGUGCCUACAUGUGCACUUCAGCCAAGACAUUCCAACAGUGAUUCUGCCUUCUGAAUGCCUUCGGAUGUCUCAAUCCUAUCCUGGUCACACCCCACUGGGUUUUGUGACGAACAGGGAAACAGCAUGAAAGAAAGCGAUGGCCCCAAAGGAGGAACUUGUGAUUGACACAAAUGGGGCUGUUCCCUUAGGGGCAUCAUGUAUCCUCCAAGAAGCCAGCCCCCAGGUCACUGAUUUCCCUGCCUGUUUACAUGCUCCGGAAAGAAGAUGUGUUUAAGUUUCCUACAGUUCUACAGUGGAAAUUGAUGCUCUGGGAAAGGAAGCCGUAUGUUACAGACGUAGCAGGUUUCUUUUGGAAUUCACACACUGGGAGUCUGGCGCUAUCCCCUAAAUGGUACUUUUGUUGUCUUUUUGUUCAAGACAGCAAGCUCCUUCCAGGAUCGGAACCGCCUGCCAGCCUCUCUUGAUAAACAGCCCACCAGCUCUCUUAGUAGAUCAGAUGUUUAAUGAUUAGCCUAACUCAUUGUUUAUCUAAGUGGCAAUUACCACCACAAUGAAAUAGUAUUUUACCUGCAGUGGGAGCAUUAGGGAUAGCUCCCAGGGAGAAUCUACUGGCUGGGAAUGGCCAACAGAGCUUCCCAUACACAGAGGAGAGGACCACUUCAUCCUGGCUGGCAGAUCUCCACGUCUGAGAUGCCAUCAUCAGAUGCUGCUCCAAAGACCUAAGGAAAUGUGCCCUGGAGAAGUGUAUGGUCCCAAUCCUUCCAACUGAGGCUCAAUGGCCCAGCAAAAUAUGAAAGUGCGGCCUGUGCUUCUAAAGCGUAACAGCCUAGAGUCAGUGGAGUUUGUGAAACAACCUCACCAUCGCAGGAGCAAAUCUCAGCAGGUACGAUUCAAGGAAGAUGGGACCAGUAAGACUCCACCUGGCCUAGAUGAGGUUGACGUCCAAGCUUCUGAGGACCCAGCUGUGAUGGGCAAGACUCAGGCCUCCAGGCACCAUCACCUCCCCACCUACUCACUCUCCUUCCCCAGGUCCCAGAAGGCAGGGGGCUUUCGGAACAUUGCGAUCCAAACCUCCCCCAGUCUCAGGAAGCAUUUCCCAGUUUUCAAAAGGAAGAGACUCACAUCCAGCAAGUCCCUGGUAGAAAUGCCAACAGCAUCCCAAAGUGCCAUCCAGGUCAACGGCAACCUCUCAGAACAGGACAUUGUAUCCUCGGACCUUGCCUACUUAAGGUUGGCUCAGCAUCUUGAGGAUGGGCCUCGAAGAGUCAAAGUGUCCCACCCAUUUCCUCCUAGAAUGUCCAAGGUGCAAAGCAAUGGGCCUAUUAGCGUAUGCUUGGAAGCAGGGACUUGGAGGCCCUCAGAGAAAGCAACUGCUACCAUUCAAGUCCCAGAUGAUAUUUACCAGAGUCCUACCUGGGCAGCUAGAAAGUCCACUAUCAGCUCAGACAGAUCAGGUGACAUAAGCAACUCCGUCCAUCCUCUGGUUGACGUGUGUCCAGGUGAUGGGAGAACAGUGCCACUAUCAGAAUCAGAAAGAUCCCCUUCCUGCUUAGAUGCCACCAGCGAUGCCAACCACGUGCCAGGCACAGGGAAACUUAAACCCGAAUUGCUCUUGCCCAAAGACAACUCUGAUGACAAAGACCUUGACCCACUGUCACCUCAGUCAAAGGAAACAUGUAUUCCGUCACUUCCACGGACUCACAGCUCCCCCUCACCAGGCCCCCACAGCCAGCCCGCCCAUUCAGGAGGGGCUUCAGACUGUUCUUCAUUGAGUAACAAUCACCAAGAGCAGAUGGCAAAGAACCCCACCCAGUCAGACACCAUGGAGUUUCAAAACUGUUCAGGAAGCAAUCACCUCCCAUCUCCUCUUCCAAGAAGGGAGACCAAACUUCAGAACAACGGAGAGACUGGUGGGAUUAAUCCAAUUCAUCUGGCACAGGGGGAACUCUGUGAUCUCCAAGGCAGGCUGCAAUCCGUGGAGGAAUCUCUGCACUCGAACCAAGAGAAAAUUAAAGUCCUUUUGAAUGUAAUUCAAGACUUGGAGAAAGCUCGAGCUCUCACAGAAGGGCGCAACUUUUAUCGAACUGGUCAAGAUCUCAACAAUUGCAGUACCUGCCAGAACACGGCGUGCAUCAUAUACAGUGUAGAAUAUGAUUUUCGGCAACAGGAAGGCAGGUUCCAUGAAGUUCUACAGAGUCUGGAGGAAGCAGAACCAGUGGAGGAGACAUUUCCCCCACCAAAGUCCCCAGCAGAAACCCCAGUCCCUGAGAAACAGGACUUAAGGAGGAAAACCAAGAAAGUGAAGAAGAAAUGCUUCUGGUGGAUCUGAGCUUGUUGGGUCCAUUCCCUUUGCCCUCCCCUGAUACCUCCCCAAGGUGGGAAAACCACUGCCCUCAGGCCUUCUCUACUUCUUAGCACAGGCCCCAGGUGGUUAGCCAUUCAACUUGUGAAAUGGGGAAGACUCAGGGCUGGUUUAGCUGCUGCUGGACACCUGACCACUAAUCUCACCUGAAUGAGUGACGCUGCUUGCUGAGGACUUCAUGGACCCUAGAGUGACCACUUGCCUAGGUGGCUGUCACACAUGACCAGGCCACAUCCUUGUUUGAGAGUCUAGGUUCCCACCAUGAGCAAAACCCUAUCACAUUUUCCAACACCUCCAUGAUGCUAAACACUUCCUUCUCGUCCUGGGUUUAUCAUCCCAAAAGAAAAACAAAUACUGUGAAUAACAGGAAGAUAGAGGAGCAUUAUAAGCAGAUACCCCAGAAAAAAUUAGAUACAUAAACUGGCAGUUUUCUAAGAUAUUGGCAUAUAGAAGCACAACAGAAGUAGGUAGGGCAUAAAAAUUCAAGAUUACCUGGUGGGUUGGGUCAUUUUCAUUUUUAAUUAGCCCUUAGAUCCCAAAUCAAGGAUGUGUCAUCUCAUGCUGUGUAAGCUUUACAGUCUGUGGCAGAGUGAGGUUACAGCAGGGUAUAAGGAACUUGGUGGUAUGGCUAUCCUGCAGUUGUAACUACUGCAGGGCCUAACUUAAACCAUCAUGUUCUCAGCCUGGGGCCUGAGACCUGUCGGCAAAUGGGUGGGACCUGGUUUGGGCUUGAACUUUAAGAUUCCACAGUUAGUGUCCCUGCAGUAUUUAAGUAGCUGUCUGUCCAUUUCAUCUUACCAGUAACAUAAGACUGAGAUAAAACACAACACUGGUUCUUGUUCAUUCAUCCCAGUAACAGCCUUGUAGAUAGGUUCCAAGGUAUAUUAAUCUUUACAAUCUCCCUUUGUGAUGACCACGUGAUGGUCACCUGAUUGAAGAAGCAUCAGGACUGGGGAUGAGGAUACAUUUUUUUCCAUUUUUGUAUUAAAGACCUUUCCUUCCCAAAGUCUGAAUUCUUUUGAAGUCUGACUCA